CAUGGUUUAUUUAAUAAAACUGAGACUAGAGUGACACCCUCUCCCAACGCAUACAUGCAAAAAAUCUUAAUAAUUCUAUGAAAUGGUUUCAUUGGGGGUUAGGGUUACAGUGUGUGAGUGAUCAUCAAAAUUCCCAUUGUAUUAUUUGGAACAAAUUGUGGGGCAUGUAGGACGCUGCUAUUUUUAAUGCAAGUAUUGUUAUCAUUGGUGGAUCUGUUUUUUCCCCACAUUAGUCUAAAUGCCAGUUGCACAUAGAGCCCUCUACAAAUUGUCAGUCCAAAAAUUAUAGGUGUUCAGUUUACAAUUUAUUAAGUUAAUUAUUAUAAAAGAUUGUGAUAAUUGGCUUGAAUGAUUAUUCUGUACACACCUGUUGAAGUAGUUAAAACAUAUUACAAACUUGUGCCAGUUUGUACCACGUCAUCUACCCACCUAGAUAUGGAGUGCUACAGCAUAGCAUCGUUGUCCACUUGUCCUUACAGUCUUAAAAAAGCCUCUGACAUCAUUAGUUUAUUGUAUUAUAAUACAAUUAUGCUUUCUGUACAUGUGGGUAUGAUAGCAGUACACAUUCAUUUCCCUCUUUGGGCCAUUUGGUAGUUAUGGGUCUUUAACUGUUAAAUAUAAUUAAUUGGCUAAGGCAGAUAGUGUUAGUUAAUCAUAUUUUGUUAGACCUCUGAAAUGAGGAGAGAAGCCAUUACCUCCACAUGCCUUUACUCUCCAUUCCACAACACAGUCUUAAUUAAAACUCUUGGCACCAAUUGUCUUUGCUGCCUCAGAACAUAAUGUUCAUAGUUGGCAGUGCAGAUGCUAAGAUGCCACUAAAAAGCUGGCUUUAGCUCGGGGCAGGAAGUCUUUAAGUCAGCCUACUUUGGGCCAGUGCCAUGAAGGGUUGAAAUCAAAGAUUUGCCUACUCCAGAAUGCUCCCGAUACUUGGAUUUGAGCCCUCUCCUUCCUGUGUCAUUGGGAGCCCAUAUGCUCGUUGGAGAGUACGGGUUGUUUGCUGAGAGGGAAGGACAAUAAGGGAGGUGUUUUCCCACACAAGCAUCGAUCUCCCAGGGGUGUUCUUGUGGCUUCUCUGGCUUCCUCUCGUCCUUAUUCCACCGGGCAGAAUGGGGCGCAGGGAUAAAUUGCACAACAUCAUGAGGUUGCGAGGGACGGCUGAAGUGUCAGGGACAAGGAAAUGAGGACAGGCCUUGCAGAAAUGGGCGGAAAAAUGUGUCCUCUUCCUACGUGAAUGACAUUCCAAAGCACUUUUUUUAUGGGUGCAAAUUGACAGGCACAAAGCUCUGCCUUGUUGUUGCCGUGGUGCUCUACCUUGCUUGUGGCUGACUGAGGUGAUUACUGCUGUGCAGAACAUGCUGUUCCAGGAUCAGCCACACAGAGCCUGAAGCCAGCCACGCUGCCUCUGGAAUGUCUGGUAUGCGUACAGCGUAGCAGCCAGCCUGGAAGCGACUGAUCACAUACGUAGUUUUUAAACUUGCGCUGCCUGUGUCUUCUUCCUCUCUCUGUGUCUAACUCCACUCCCUCCAAUUCUUGUCUCUGUUGAGAUACAGACCUGCUGUGAGCCUCUGGGUCUGGCUAUUCGUCUUCUUGACAUUCACAACUACUUUUCUUUCACUUAAUGUGUAAUCAAGACACAUUAUGUAAUCCGUUCAGUCUGAACGAGCAUCACAAGCAGCACCUUGUGUUAGAGAAAAGAGGCAAUGUAAGGCGUGUCUGUGCCCAGCAUUGGUUUUACUCUUUGGACAUAUUGAAGUGACCAGGUGAUUAUGAAAACAAUUGCUGUAAAUCAAAGGAACAAUAGUGCUUUGGAAACAACAGAGGCUUUUUGCACAAAUGGAAAAAUUAACAACAUGGCAUUUUAAACAUGUGAUCCCAUUGUUGUCCAGCAUGAAGUCAUUCCAUGACACAUCCUCCCGCACUUAAAGCUGGCUAUUUUUGACUCAAAUUUCUCAACAUCAGUAAUGUCUGAGUGCACACAAUUUAGUCAUGUUGUGCAACUUUUAAGUACAGCUUCAGUCCGUGCAUACUUUGCAUGAAGAGGGUGGGGUCCUCCAGACAAUUUCAGCCACUGUGUGCUGCGCAGGAGCUUGUUUUGAUGGUGCUCAUGAGCCGUGCAUGUGUCACUCAAUUAUAUCAAGAUGUUAGCAGAAUUCUCACUUAUGAAGUUAGAGACUUGCAGACAAUGUACACCUCUGGGUUGAGUGUCAAUAUUUUGACUGCAAUGCCCCCAUAGGUCACACUGAUCACCCAUGGGCACUAAAAAUGCUCACAUGGAACGGCUGCCUAACUAACAAACAUUAUCAGAAAUUGUAGCUGCAUGAGAGGCUGACUGUAAAAGUCCAUGAAUAAGUAAUAUUCUCCCCAUAGCAAUCAUCAACAUAUCAGGUGUGAGUGUGCAUAAAAAUGUGAAACAGACGGUUAAAUAGCCUGUGAGCUCAGCAAAUCUUUUCUGGCUGAAUAAAGAUGGUGAUGUACAUUGUAAGGCAUUCAACCCAAUCUAUGUAUGUAUAAGGGAAAUAGACAACCAAUGAGAUUUGAGCACCUGUGACUGUGUGCCCGCCCAGCUGUCAGAUUUUAGGAGGGUGGGUUGGAGGGGAGGAAUCCCCCUUGGUCAGUGUAGCAGAAUUACGCACAGGGGUCUGUGGACUGUAUCUGCCAGAGCAGACUCUCUGGUCUUUUGGCGCUGAGGCUUUGCCAGUGCAAUUCAAGAGGAUAAUGGGCAACUGUUUUAUUUUUCUUCACAUUAGUUGGAGUGCGGAGUGGAGAUGAUUUAAAAAAAUAUAUAUAUAUAUAUUCUGGCCUCUGAAAAGCCCCAUUUCACCUCACUCCUCUCGGAUUAAAAUCUAGGGUUACUCUUAAUCUGAGCUAAAUCUGUCUAAUCGGCAUAGAAAAUUACACUCACUGGAGUAGAGCUGCAAAUAAUCAGCAGAGGUGAAACCUCCUGCGCACCGUGAGUUCCCCUGGAGGGCAUUUGGGCUGCACAUGGUGCCUCGGACAAUCUGUUACGCACAAAGGCAAUUAUCAGUCACUGUAUUUUUUAUUUUUUGAAGACAAAACCAUUGUCGAAAUUCUCCCUUGUGGUUUUUACAAUGUCUUGUUUUAUCACGACUGGACACGGAAACUGGCACACAAAGCGCGGUGUGACGCUCCACCAGACAUAUCAUUAUGCAGAGUUUUGAUUAAGAAUGUGGCUUUUGCGCCCUGCGUUCAUAACAGAGAAGGUGGAGAGAGAGAGAGAGAGAGAGAGAGAGAGAGAGAGAGAGAGAGUUCGGGAUUUCGCUGUAAUCAUGUUCGCAGAGUAUUGAUUUCGUGAGCGCACUCCAAUUGGCAGCAUCUCCACUACAGCGCCGGCGCGUCAUCCUCGGUUCACAUCGACGGAACGAGUUGUAAGCAAAUGCGAACAUGUGUGGGAUCUGAGAGUGAGAAAAGGCAAGGGGGGGUAGAGGGGAGCAAGGGGGGGUGUGAUAAAAGCCAAUUUUAUCAUCCUGACAAGUGGAUACGAGAUUUGAUUGCUGGAAUAUUUUUUUCUUCAUAUAUUUUUUUUUCCAGACUGGGAAUUUAUCGAUUCGUCACAUGCGCACGCCUCUUCAUUAUAAUUGCAGACAGUUUUGUGCUGUUCAGGCUGAAUGGACUUGAAUGUGGCGCUGCCAGUUUAAUCCGUGCAGACUGGAAGAUUUAAUAAUUCACGGUAAUCACGCAUUAUCGCCCUGGUGAUUUUCCCUCUCUUUUCCCAUUCUUCCCGUUGUCUUCUGGAGGAUUUAUCGACGAUGCUUUGCAAACGUGCUCCUUAUCUGAAAUAUCAUCUGUUGCUGCAACUGGGUUGAAAAGCGCCCUGUGACUGGCUCUGACACGCGUUUGAGACUGACUGUCUUGGGAGUGAUGUGGACUGUUAAAUGAGAAGCCUUUUAAUCACCAUUUGAUAUUUUACUCCAGGUAAAAUGGACGAAAAAUUACUAUUACUUUUAUUACUUCUCUUAUCUUUACACGCGAUGCUGUGAUUUUUGCUUGUGUUCAUCAUGAUCCUUCUACUCCGCUCAAUUCCCUCUUAUUGAUUCAGACUGUAAGCUUAAUAGCCGUGUUACAAGGCGAAUUUCAACGUGAAGUGAUAUUGAAGACAGUGGGAUACGGGAAUCGUGGAGGUAUUUCCCUCCCCUUGCUCUUCAUUUGAUUUAUUCCGUUUCAACUGAAGGGUAAAUGUUGAUGAUGGAGGACGACGAAUUAGACGCUCAUCAGGUUGAUUCGGAUUUCGAGCCGCAAAGCCGGCCUCGCUCAUGCACCUGGCCGCUACCUUGCCCGGAGGAUUUCCCCGGUGGACACGAGGUCAGCGGGGGUCUUCCACUGGCCAACAUCAAGGUGGAACCGGAGGACGUCCCGGCUUGCGGAGCGGGGCUCGUGGGCGGAACGCCGGGAGAGCUGAAGCAUCCAGCCGGCGCCCCGGCACCCACAGGCGCGACGCACCCAUGCCUGGCUGGCGCGACUCUCGAUGUGACCGGACCGCUGCGCAAAGCCAAAUCCUCGCGGCGGAACGCGUGGGGGAACCAGUCCUACGCGGAUCUCAUUACCCGCGCCAUUGAGAGCACCCCUGAAAAGAGACUCACGCUGUCACAGAUAUACGACUGGAUGGUCCGUUUUGUGCCCUAUUUCAAGGAUAAGGGCGACAGUAAUAGCUCAGCUGGCUGGAAGGUAAGGAAUAGGACAUACAUGCCAGCUUGAUGGGGUUUGACGUGUUAAUCACAGAGUGUCU